GCGUGCUGUCACUAUCAUAUUUGUCAGUGUCAGUGAUCUAACUAUACGUCAAAACCUCGUGUGUUUUGUUGUUUUGAAAACGUGAAAUGGUUUAGUAAAUUAGAAUUAAAACACGAAAAUACUAGGCCAUAAACCAAAAUGGUGAAUAAGGAAUGGGCUAAAGUUAAGCCCCCUCUCUCCGCACCUGUCCUGACCUCUAUAGACAAGCAGAAGUAUCAGUUUAUGACGCCAAUUCAGGCUGCCGUUAUACCGCUGAUCUUGUCGUGCAAAGAUGUGGUGGCUGAGGCCGUCACUGGCUCCGGGAAGACCCUGGCCUUUGUGGUACCGAUGCUGGAGAUGCUGCUGAAGAAGCACAAAGACUCGCCCUUGAGGAAGGAGUUUGUUUAUGCAGUUAUCAUAUCGCCUACACGGGAGCUUGCUACACAGAUAACUAAGGUCAUACAAGAGUUUCUAGAAGAACCUGAGCUGUCUCACAUAACCCUAGCACUGAUAGUAGGCGGGCGAGCCGUGGACAAGGAUGUGGAGACGCUACAGAAGGGAGCUCACAUCAUAGUGUGCACUCCAGGGAGAUUCGAGGACCUGCUUGCUGAGAGGAAGCAACUCAACCUGGCCGGUAGAGUCAGAGAACUGGAAUUCCUAGUACUAGAUGAAGCUGAUCGCCUUCUGGACCUGGGUUUCACGGCCACUCUGACCACCAUCUUGCAGUACCUGCCUCGGCAGCGGCGCACCGGCCUGUUCUCCGCCACGCAGACCAAAGAACUACAAGACCUGGUCAGGGCCGGACUUAGGAACCCUGUAGUUGUAUCCGUAAAAGAAAAGUCAACAAUAAGCACACCGCUACUUCUAGAAAACUAUUAUGUUAUAGUUGAACCUCAGGAUAAGUUCUUGUUUCUAUUGAAUUUUAUACGAAACAGGAAGAUGGUUAAAGGUCUGUUCUUUUUGCCGACGUGUGCGUGUGUGGACUACUGGGCUGAUGUGUUGCCAGUGUUUCUGCCCGGGAUCAAAGUGUUUGCCAUACACGGAAAGAUGAAACUGAAAAGGAGUAAGAUAUUGGAGAAGUUUCGUGAGGCUGAGAAUACUAUUCUGCUGUGCACUGACUUGAUGGCUAGAGGCCUAGACAUCCCAGAAGUGGAAUGGGUGAUCCAAUGGGAGCCGCCCACACACCCGGCCUCCCUGGUCCACCGCGCGGGGCGGGCGGCGCGGGGCGGCGCGGCCGGCUGCUCACUGCUUCCACUACUGCCUACUGAAGACACAUAUGUGCCUUUCAUAAAGACGAAUCAGCUGGUCGAGCUGAAGGACUGGCGGGAGUCCAGCGAUGAGAUUAAGGUUACAGAGAAGUUGAGGGAUAAGGUGCUAAAAAUCCUCCACGACCAACAGCUAAAAGACCGCACCAUCCUCGACAAGGGACAACGAGCCUUCGUAUCCCACAUGAGGGCCUACUCCAAACACGAGUGCAACCUCCUUCUACAGUUCAAAGAACUCCCCCUAGGCCACAUAGCAACUAGCUACGGCCUACUAAAGCUACCUAUCAUGCCUGAAGUCAAACCGGAGCACAAACUACAGUUCCAAGGGCCUAAAGAAGAGAUAGACUUCAAUAGUAUACCUUACAGGGAUAAACAGAAGGAGGAGAGUCGUUUGAAGAAGCUUGAAGAGUAUAGGAAGACUGGGGUUUGGCCGUCUAAGAAGAAAAAGAAAAAGCCAACGCAAUCAGAGUCGUGGGAGCAAGCGAAACAGAGCAAAGAGGAGAGGAAACAGAAGAAGCGAAAGAGGAAAGAGACCAAACAAAACACUGAAGUUAAAAAAGGCAAGAAGCGUCGCGCGGUGACUCAAGCCGAAAUAGACGAACUAGCGGCGGACGUGGCGCUCAUCAAGAAGCUCAAGAACAGGAAGAUCAGUAAGGAACAGUUCGACCAGGCCUUCGACGGUUAGUUCAGAGAACAGAUAAGAAGCUGUAUCACGAAAAAAU